AUGUCUCACAAAAUAAAUUUUAUUAUGAGACAUACAGGCAGAGAUGAAAGUAAAUAUGCGUUAAACACUGCUGUUCAGAUAUACCAAGCAUCCAACUGCCGCACAAGUUCAGGCCAAUGGAAGAAAAGAGCAGCGAAAUUGAAUGAAACCCAAAAGCAAGAAAUUAAAGAGGGCUUUGAUUUAUUCGAUGUUGAUGGGUCUGGAACCAGAGAUGUGAAAGAAUUGAAGAUUGCAAUGCGGGCCUUAGGAUUUGAACCAAAGAAAGAAGAAAUUUAAAAAAUGAUAGCUGAAAUUGACAAAGAAGGAAUCGGCACCAUUAGUUUUGAAGAUUUUUUGGCCAUAAUGAGUGUAAAAAUGUAUAGUAGUGAUUUUAGUGAAAAAGAUGAAAAAGAAGAAAUAUUGAAGGCUUUCAAAUUACUUGAUGAUGAUAAUACAGGAAGUAUAUCACUAAACAAUAUCAAGAGGGUUGCUAAGGAACUAGGGGAAAAUUCGACAGAUGAUGAACUUCAGGAAGUGCUUGAUGAAGCUGAUCAUGAUGGGGAUGGAGAAAUAAAUGAGGAAGAAUUUUUGAGAAUGAUGCAAAAGACCACUCUUUAUUAAUACUGUGUUUUGUUCCUUCUGGAAAGUUGUUAGCAAGUUUGUAUUUGUUAUAAGUUCCAUAAUAUCUGUAUGUAUUCAUUUUCAGUGUUUAGUUUAUGUACACAAACUGGUCUCUUGAUAUCUAGUCCAUGUGAGAAGUUACACGUUUCUACCAAUAUGUUGUUAAAUCUGUAGCAUCAAGAAACAAAGGAAAUGUAGUGACUUCCUUGAACCAUGAAUCUGAGAACACUAUUAAUUCCAAGUGCUAUUUUUAGAGCCCCAGGGUCCAAAGACUUAGAUUUUUUUUUUUUAAUUUAAGGAAAUCAGCCCCACAUCAUAUGAAUUUGACAAGCAAGCCAUUACUUUCCCUAUUACUUUCCUUUUGUGCAACUCUAAAA